GUAACCCAUGUCAUAGGAUGUUGUUAAGUCAAAAGCAGCAUGGAAGCCGCGCGAGAGAUUUUGUGCGCCUUAUUUUUAAGAUGAUAAACAUUUCUGCGGUUAUUUAUUGUUAAUUAGUGCAAUAAAGUUAAAUUAGACUUUAUAAAUUAAAAUUUUGUGCGGUGGAAGAGCGACAAAAUGCCUCGCUAUGCACAGCUUGUCAUGGGACCCGCUGGAAGCGGAAAGAGUACAUACUGCUCCACACUGAUCCAGCACGCUGAAGCCAUAAACCGCUCCAUACAGGUGGUAAACCUCGAUCCAGCAGCAGAGCACUUUAAUUAUCCCGUCAUGGCAGAUAUCCGAGAGUUGAUCCAGGUGGACGACGUGAUGGAGGACGACUCGCUGAGGUUCGGCCCGAAUGGAGGCUUGGUUUUCUGCAUGGAGUACUUUGCUAGUAACUUUGACUGGCUGGAAGAAAAUCUUGGGCAUGUUGAGGAUGACUACAUACUGUUCGACUGCCCAGGUCAGAUUGAGCUCUACACUCAUCUCCCGGUCAUGAAGCAGUUAGUCGAGCAGCUCCAGCAGUGGGAGUUUCGUGUGUGUGGCGUCUUUUUAGUCGAUUCUCAAUUUAUGGUGGAGAGCUUCAAGUUCAUUUCUGGUGUCAUGGCGGCCUUGAGCGCAAUGGUCUCACUGGAAAUCCCUCAGGUCAACAUCAUGACCAAAAUGGACCUGCUGAGCCCUAAGUCUAAGAAAGAGAUUGAGAAGUAUCUAGAUCCAGAUAUGUAUUCGAUGAUGGAGGACAGCUCUUCCACACUGAGGAGCAAAAAAUUCAGGAAGCUCACCAAAGCGAUCUGUGGUUUGAUUGAUGACUACAGCAUGGUCCGUUUCCUGCCCUUUGAUCGCACUGAUGAUGAAGGCAUCAACAUUGUUCUCCAGCACAUUGACUUCUCCAUACAGUACGGCGAGGACCUGGAGUUUAAGGAACCCAAGGAGGAUGAUGAGGAGCCUGGCAAUGAGAAUUACGAUGAAUAUUUCCAAGACAGAGUGGAUUCCUAAACCCCAUGGCCACAUGGCCUCCAGAGACACUGAAGUGAACAGAUAUUUGUUCUGCACACAGCUGCUGAAUGAUGUGGAAAUCCAAGCCUGCAAGUGAACACCACUGUACAGAAGAGUCUGGGUAUAAAAAGAGAGAGAGAAGAUUUAUUUUCAGUUUUCUGUGUUUGUUUGACUCGUUUCGUUAAUUAAUUAAUUCGUUUAUCUAUUACAGAUGCUCUUUGCUCAUGUACUGGAUAUCGACAUGGCAUGUAUUAUACAUAAAUAGUUGUAAUGUUUAGUUUUUGUUUAUUCAAUAAAAGUGAGAAAAAGUGUGUGUCA